AUGCCAACAGUCAAGUGCAAAGAAUGCGGCGCCGGCGUGGACCUCACGAAAGAUGGACUCUACGGGCAUUGUGCGAGCUGUAACAACAUCAUAGAAUUCACGCCCGAGGAGCUCGAAGAGCAGAAGAAAGGCUCGUCCUCAGACGACUCGAAGUCCGGGAAUUCGACCACCAAGAACGACGAAGCGGAUGAUGAAUCCAAGCCGAGGAAGCUGGCGGGUGACGACAAUCAGUGA